AUGACCACCCAUCUUCCCUCUCCUCCUCCUCCCGAAUGGGUCCUCACGACGUCAUCUUCGCGCGGCCACAAAGGGCCCGAGAGGUGGCCGUCCAAACCAGGUCCGCUCCAUAUCCGACCCGUCGGAGGCCAGUUGGCUUCAUCCAAAUCGCCCGCGGAAGGCGCACAACCUCCCCCACCCACUCGGGUCCCUGACUCGCGUGGUCGCACGAUGAUUGACGGCCCUACAGGCGAUCCGACCGACGGCCGGGACGAUCAGCCUCUGCCUCCCUUUUUCCCGUCCUCCUCGCUGGUGACUUGUCCUCGUCGAGCCCUGGGCCCUACUCGGUGCCAAAUCCACAUCCACAACCCCGUCUUCCGUCGUGAGAGGAGGACACACCGGGCAGGCAGAGUAGGAGAGUCCCACCCCGGCAGAGUGGGAGUCUUCCGGGAGAGAGAGAACAUGUCGGAGAGGACAGAGGAGGAGGGGGAAGACAUAUGA